CCCAGCCGUUCCCUGCUUGCACCCUCCCCAGCACACGCCGAAGAGGCACACCAGCCAGGAAAUUUUUACAAUGCACACACCAGACCGUCUGGGAGAGUCCAGCAACGGAGCUGCACUUUGGACUGCUGAAAACCUAAACUUGUGUGGAGUGAUGAGCUGAAGGCUCCGCCUGCCACGCACGUUGCCCAAGUCCUUUAUGGUAAUGGGGAUGUCACCUUGAAGAGGCCCAGAAACCGUGGUACAGAAUGAGGCUGAAGAGAUCGCCUAUGGCAGGAUGCUGCUUCUUGCUUGCCUUGUCUAUGAUUGCUCUUACUAGUUACUCUCCAACAUCACUGAGCAGCAACAAGGGGUCAGAUCACCAGACUUUGCCAAUGGAUGAGAAAACUGUCCGGUCCAAGUGUCUACAGAUGAACUUGACUCCUUCUGUUGCUCGGCAGUCAUGGCGCUUCAGCUUCAGGAAAUGGCCCAGUCCUCAGCGAAGACAAACCCCACCAAAUUCCAAUUCUGCUUGCCAGCAAAAGAGCAAGCCAAACAAGCAGGGAAGACGAAGGGGGUUGAAAGCAAAGAGAAAAUACAAAGGGCAGAUUCGAAAACAAAGCAUUGCUGCAGAAAGUUCUGAACAUGGCGGAGGACUACAACACAAAGACUAUCUGCCCAAGACUAAGAAGGGGAACAAAAGAGAGUUUGAUGGCCCUUUCAGAAAUUCAGGGCAUGAUUUUCACUUCUACCCUCAUACAAAGAAGAGGGUACAGAGGAAACCACAGAAGGUCACCAUCUCUCUUCCUUCACACAGUGGUGGAAAGCGUGGAGCUCUUUUGUAUCUGAAGAACUCUUCUGCAAGCCUGCUAGCUGUACCACAGGAACAAUGCAAGCCAGAUGUGCAGACAGCUGGUUCUGAACACCAAUCCUCCAGUUUAAUCAAAGCUAUUAUCUCAGACAGGCACUUCUUCCAGAGCAUGACAGGCACUCAGGGACUGAUGGAUAAUACUCCUUCUCAGAGUCUAGAAAAGCAUUUCUGGGCCAGAGAAAUAGAAGAACUGCAGAAAUCAGAAUGGUGCAUAGCACCACAAGAUGGAGGUCUUUCUAGGAAACAUGAGGGUAGAUUGAGGUUUGGUGAGAAGAUCUUGCCCUGGUUUUCUUUGGAUGAUGUGCAGAAGAUGAAGUUUCUGGCUAAUACGGCCAUUGUAAACAAAACUAGAAUCCCUGCCCAUGGGCAAAUACUCAGAGUUGCCCUUUCAUCCAACCAAGACCAUUUUUCACAUGACCCCAAAAGACUGUGUUUGGAUGGGCUGUGUGGUUUAAUCAAAAGGUCCAGUGACCUCUAUGAGGUUCUGGCUUUCCACUUGGACAGAGUGUUGGGGCUGCAUCGGAGCCUGCCUAUGGUGGCCAGGAAGUUUCACAGUGACUUGCUGCCCUAUAAAUAUACCAAUGGGAUCACUAGACCUAUUGUUUGGUGGGCACCUGAUAUACAACACCUGAAUGAUUCCAACAAUGACCAGAACUCCUUUGCUCUAGGAUGGCAGCAAUAUCAGGAAUUACUGAGGCAACGGUGUGGUGUGGGAGGUUCCAGAACUGCUCUUGGAAAAGCCCCAUGUCUAACUGUCCAGCACUCAGAAUGGUCCAAAUUGGCACUCUUUGACUUUCUUCUACAGGUCCAUGACCGCCUGGAUCGAUACUGCUGUGGCUUUCAGCCAGAUCCUUCUGAGUCCUGCAUUCAGGAAUUGCUCCAUGAGAAAUGCCGAAACCCCUCUGAGCUGGCCUUGGUUCAUAUCUUGAUCCGCAAGAGCAAGCCUUCUCACUUAGUAUUUAUUGACAAUGCAGGCAGGCCCCUCCACCCAGAAGCAAAACUCAACUUCAGGCUGCUGCAGGGCAUCGAUGGGUUUCCUGAGACAGCAGUGGCUGUGCUCAGAUCAGGAUGUCUGCAGAACCUGCUUUUGCAGUCGCUCUAUGUGGACGAAGAAUUCUGGGAAAGCCAGGGUGGAUCUGAGGGACUGAGGCACUGGCUUCAAACCAUUGACAGAAGAGGACAGAUCCUGCUGCAGUAUAUUCAAACACACAAUUUGACAGACACUCAAGAAUCGUGACUUUAGACUUCUGGCAAGGAGAGUGAGGGACACGCUGGCCUGCUGUGAAAAGGAACAUUCAGCCAUGUGGCUAGACCUCUGUGGGAAGUUGUCAGCAAACCCACAGGCACUUGAAUAAUAAUGU